AUGUUCAUGUCUCCCUCCCUCCCAUGGAUCAUCUUGAUCCUGUUUCAAAUCGUCCAAGCUCUUGCUGCUCAAAUACAGGGCACCCUUCACCGUAGAAAUUACUUCUACGUCGGCGAAGAUUAUGUUUCAACUGUGAAUGGAAGCUUUAUCGCUGCACAUCAAAUAUACGUCGAAAAUCUUGUCCCUGCGAAGGUCACUCAAGCUCUACCCAUCUUGAUUAUCCAUGGUCGCGGAAUGACUGGUACGAACUUUCUAAACACACCCGACGGGAGAACGGGUUGGGCGGAUUUCUUUCUUGGCGAGGGUUUUGAGCUCUACCUAAUCGACCAACCUUCGCGAGGACGUUCGCCGUGGCAAAACGGCAUAGAUGGCUCACGAUCGAGUUUUGAUGUAUUCACCGUUGAAACACACUUCACUGCUCCUGAAUUAUUCGAUUUGUGGCCUCUAGCCGGUCGACAUACUCAAUGGCCAGGGAAUGGGACCGCGGGAGACCCAAUUUUCGACGAGUUUUACGCCUCUACUGUUCCGGCUCUAGACUCUGAAGCUGAGGCUGAGGUCAAAACCAAAAAUGCGACCGUUCAACUCUUGGAUCGUAUUGGACCUGUCAUCCUAAUGACGCAUUCCGAAUCUGGACCCUUUGGAUGGCAAAUCGCAGACGCCCGUCCAAACCUGGUCAAAACCAUCAUCGCAGUCGAACCGUCGGGCCCACCUUUCAUGAACGCCGUCUUCCCUCCCACCAUUCCAGCACGUCCAUUCGGGUUGACAGAAACACCGCUCACGUUCUCACCUCCCGUUACCUCUGCAUCUGAUAUACACCAUGUGUUAUUCAGCUCUAUCCCGAACGUGACUUGUUUCGAACAAGCACAACCUGCAAAACAGCUCGUCAAUCUGGCCAAGGUACCGGUCACGGUGGUCACGUCUGAAUCGAGCUUUCAUGCGAUGUACGACAAUUGUACAGUCAGGUUCUUGCAACAGGCUGGAGUAUCCGUGAAACAUACCAAUCUACCUGAAGUCGGGAUUUUUGGAAAUGGUCAUAUGAUGUUUAUGGAGAAGAAUAAUUUGGAGAUUGCGGAGAAGGUGGUGAAGAAGUGGAUUAAGGACACAGUUGGUUGA